AAAAAAAAAAAAAAGAAAAGAGCGAGAUUAUGCGUUUGAGUAAAACGCACGCAGGCGAGCAGCGAGGCUUUUAACGCGCGGCGCGUCUCGUCGGUGCGUAUCACGGCGCGCGCGGUCGCGUGCGAUGCGGCGGCUGGAGCGGGCGGAAAUGGCGGACGGAGAGAGACGCUCGGCGCGGGACCCGAGGAAAUGAGCGCAUCGCGGGCGACUUCGUUUACAGGCCGUUCGCCACGACAACACGGUCGAUGAUCCUGACAGCGCAUACGGACACCUGUGUCCUCCACCAGGCUGAAGCGUCGCGGCCCUAGCAGCAGUUCUGGAGGAAGAGGAGCAGCGAGUGUUUCGGUGGCGUCACGCCCUGCUGCAGGGCAUGGAGUACCACGGUUCAGGGACGCUGCCGCUCCUGGGCAGCCCGCGCUACUGCCCCGGGACCAACAGCGCCAGCGGCUACCUCUGCCAGACCGGACACUGCUGCCAGGAGACGGGCUGCUGCACCUACUACUACGAGCUGUGGUGGUUCUGGCUGCUGUGGAGCGUCCUGAUCCUGUUCAGCUGCUGCUGCGCGUACCGUCACCGUCAGGCCAAGCAGCGCGUCCAGCAGCAGCAGAGGCAGAGAGAGAUCAACCUCAUGGCGUAUCACGGGGCCUGCAGCUACCCGUCCUCCAUGUUCGACCUCAGUUUCCUCGCCUCACUCAAACUGCCGUCCUAUGAGGAAGUAGCAGCCCAGCCCAGCACCCCGCCCCCUCCCUACAGCUCCGUUGCCUACCCGCGAGGCUCCGCCCACCCCGGCCCGAGCCACAUGCUGUCAUCGCAGAGCUCCGACAACUACACCAGCUGCUCCUGCGACUCCUGCUGUCCGUCGUCGCCCUGUAGCUCCUCCCCUUCUUCGGCCCAGCUCACAGACGAAACGGACACUAGCCACGCCUCCACGCCCUCCCUCGGCGAGCCGGGCCACACCCACUCAGCGGUCAUGCACACCGAGUGCGUCCCAAUACCGCCGAUCGGUGAAGGCGGCCAGUCGCCGACGCCAAGCACAGCUGAGGUCGUGGAGGCGGAGCUUCCUAGCCCCGCCCCUCUGGAGUCCAACGCGAGCUCCAAACCGGUGAAAAACAUCACUAGUAGCACGGACAACGUUACUGAAAUAGCAGACGCGUCCCAAUCUGUUAGCACUACCAAUGCAAAUGGCGCUAAUAACACCACCAGUCCAAAUUCAACGAAUAUCACCAGCCUUUGUCAUCCGACUCCACCCUCCUCCUCCUCCUCGUCUCUCCAGCUCUUCUCCAUGUCGGACCCGCUCGGCGUUUGUCGCGAGCAGCAAAGCAGUGCGGCUCAGAGGGAGGAGCCCGUGCAGGCCCCGCCCCCUCAGUCUCCACCCAGAACCGCCCUCUUUUCUCCCGGCGUCGAACCGGAGCGCCGCGACUCCGCCGUGAGCGAUCUGGACGUGGACCAAACGCACUUCCAGCAGCGACGGCUGACCGGCGACUCGGGCAUCGAGGUCUGCCGCUGCCGCGUAGAACGCGAAGAGGAGGAAGACGAAGAAGAAGAAGAGCGUCUGCCGGCAGAGCUGGCCAACGGAGCGGAAGACGCCCUCCACGAUAGUCCGGACUGUUCCGCCAGAGCCAGACCGGAUGGGGGCGGGAAAGAGGCGUGGCCCAUCUCGUCGGUGGCCCCGCCCACCGACACGUGCGUCAUCGCUAUGGAGACGGACCGAGUGUGACGUUAAGAGCGCGCAGGUGAGACGCACGAAUCUGCGACCUCGACUCAAACGCUACCAAAAGUUCGAAAUUAUCACGA